CCUGUAUUGAAGCCCAAGAAUACGACGCAAUCAAUGUCCAAAGACGAUAUGGAGGUGGAUGAGCCCGCUUCAGCUUCGAGCAAUGCCAUGUCAAUGCUCAUGCCGAGCGCGAAGGGGAAAGCGAAGGAAGCCGCUAAUGGGUCUGGAGAUGGGGUGCUGACUGAGAAAGAAUUGAGGGAGAUGAACACGAGGGAUGGGUUGCCAUGGGUCGAGAAGUAUCGUCCGAAUACCCUUGACGAGGUGGUCGCUCACCAAGACAUCACCGCAACUCUGGAAAAGUUUAUCGAGGCUGGAAGACUGCCCCACUUGCUAUUGUACGGACCUCCAGGAACUGGAAAAACAUCCACCGUCCUGGCUCUCGCUCGCAGGCUAUACGGACCUCCAUUUCGUAAACACGUUCUCGAGCUCAAUGCUUCGGACGAUCGAGGUAUCGAUGUGGUCAGAGAUCAGAUCAAGAGCUUUGCCAUGACCAAGGUGUUAUUCUCAAAAGGUUUCAAGCUGGUUAUUUUGGACGAAGCGGAUAUGAUGACUCAAGCGGCUCAGUCAGCCCUGCGCCGAGUGAUCGAGAUGCACACUAAAAAUGUGCGAUUCUGUAUCCUUUGCAACUAUGUCAACAAGAUCGCACCGGCUAUUCAGUCGCGAUGUACGAGAUUCCGAUUCUCUCCCUUACCUGAAAAAGAGGUCCAGCGGAAAGUCGACGAGGUAGUGCAAAAGGAAGGGGUGAAUAUCACAGAAGACGGUCGAGCUGCGCUUUUGAAGCUGUCCCGAGGGGAUAUGCGUCGAGCACUGAAUGUUUUACAGGCAUGCCACGCAGCUUAUGAUAGGAUCGACGAGUCCGCGGUGUACAAUUGUACAGGGAAUCCAGAUCCGAAAGACAUAGAACGCGUCGUUCAGAGCAUGAUGUCUGACGAGUUUGGGACGAGCUUUAAUCUGAUUACUGCUCUGAAAACGGAGAAGGGCCUAGCGUUGCAAGAUCUCAUCACGGGAGCAUAUGAUUUCCUGCAAACGGUGGAUCUGCCGACGCAGAGUCGUGUGUACCUGCUUGAUCAUCUGGGAUCAUGCGAACAUCGACUGUCGGUUGGCGGCUCGGAGAAGAUGCAGCUUACUGCCCUGCUUGGGGCGUUCAAAAUUGCUAUUGAACUCUCACAGAAGCAGACAAAUGGGAAACGCUGAGAUGAGGACAACUGGACUGUAUGUAUUAUAUUCGGCAGAUUUGCCAGCAUGGAUG